CGACCAGACACAGGUGGGGAAAGAACAGUUUGAUUUUGUAAUGACAAUGUCACUCUUAACAAGGAUUCAGCAUCAAAAUGACACGUUUCAGGGACACAUAAGGUGGCUGAUUAGGAGCAUGUGGGGGUUCACAAAUCCAGAGACUAUCACCUUCAAAGUCAUAUUUGUUGCUAUUUUCUUAUUCUGUUGCUUCUACUCAAGUUUCAAACAAUAGAGUGAGGAAAACACACAGAAGGAAAUGCAAAAGAGUGCAAAAGUGUUCGUUUUUUUCUUCGAAAACCCGACAAUGGCAGGCUAAAGCAGAUUAAGAAUUUUGUUCUAAUGAAUAGAACGCAACUCGUGUAAACCAACUGACAUGAACUGAGAUUGAAAGCUAAUGAUGUAGGGGAAGGAGCAUGUCCCUCGUCAAUUUAUUUUAAUCAAAUGAUUCUAGCCUUGGAUUAACUCACAAUUGGAGAGCGAAACAGGACAGCUAUUUAUUAGGCAUGACUGACAACGUGAGCUCAAGAGUUGACAUCCCAACCAACAUUUCCCUCAGCCCCACUAUUGCCAUUUUCCAGUCCCUGGAGUACAAGACGGUGUCUGUGUUUUUGGUAAUGCUAGUGUGUGGUGUUGGCAUUGUGGGAAACAUCAUGGUGGUACUCGUUGUCCUGACUACACGCCACAUGAGGACACCUACAAACUGUUACCUGGUGAGCCUGGCCAUAGCUGACCUUACAGUGUUAGUCGCAGCGGGACUUCCCAACAUCUCAGACAGUCUCACAGGCACUUGGGUGUUUGGACACGCCGGUUGCUUGGGGAUCACCUACUUGCAAUACCUGGGCAUCAACGUGUCGUCCUGCUCCAUCACCGCCUUCACUGUGGAAAGGUACAUUGCUAUCUGCCAUCCAAUGAAGGCUCAGACGGUGUGUACAGUGUCCAGGGCUAAGAAGAUUAUUACUGGGGUUUGGAUAUUCACCUGUGUGUACUGCGUAUUAUGGUUUUUCCUUGUGGAUAUUCAGGUGAGCCCGGAUGGACUUGUUCAGUGUGGGUACAAAGUGAAGAGGGAGCUCUACCUGCCCAUCUACCUCAUCGACUUUGCCAUUUUCUACGUUGUCCCCUUGCUUCUUGCUAUUGUGCUGUAUGGGCUCAUAGCACGGAUUCUCUACCUGGGACCUCUGCCAAACCAACCUGACACCUGUACUACAUUGCGACAAAGCUGCCGAGAAGUCACAGAAGUUGGAACAAGAGCUCGCCCACGCUGUCCAAGGAGUGCUCUCUCAGCCAGGAAACAGGUGACCAAAAUGCUGGCAGUAGUGGUGAUCCUAUUUGCUCUCCUGUGGAUGCCCUACCGAUCAUUAGUUCUGAUCAACUCUUUUGUGUCCACACCCUAUCUGGAUGCCUGGUUUUUGUUGUUUUGUCGGACUUGCGUGUACGCCAACAGUGCAAUCAACCCAGUGAUAUACAACGCCAUGUCUCAGAAGUUCCGCUCGGCAUUCCGGGGGUUGUACCACUGCAGGCAGCAAGACGGAAUGCUGAGGACGUUGUCAGCAAUUCCGGCAGGCACAGUCCGUGACCCACGUACCUCCCAGUCUAAUAUCAGCCGAACCAAUGAAGAAGUUAAACGGGCCAAUCCAAAGACUACAACAGAUGUAAACCCCCAAAAGGGUAACGGUCGUCAGGAGCCACCGAUUUUAAAUGGCAACAAAAAAGAAAAUGUGCCCAAAUCAGCCACUUAUAUUGGUAUUUUAGAGGAGAGUUGUGUUGACACAUCCUUACUAAAUGAUGAUAAGCUGGAUCACUCUCCAUCCAAAGAUGACAGAGUGGAUUUUCCAGAACCAUGUACAGCAAAAAGUCAGCUGGACGUUACGUAAGUACCUGAAGUCUUUGAAGUCUUGAAAUCGAUAACUAUGUAAGGAUUUCUUUGAAUUUGGACGAUUCAAUGUGGAAAACGACAAAUACCUGUGUAAGAUAUAUUUAUUUUAAAAUGUUAUAGGGAAACUGAAAAUGAAAGCAGGUCAUCAUAAGUAAAUUAAAGUAGUUUCCUCCAAGAACAGAUUCAUACAGUAGUGUUAUAAUGUUUUCCUCACACCUUAUUGUUUUUAUUUUGAUCUUUUUAAUCAUCUGCCGAACUUAAAAGCGACAUUAGAUUUUGCUUUGCCAGCGAAUUACUGAUCUGUUCAGCACAAUUAAGGAGUUGCAGUAAUCCUCUUUGAAGCAAGAAUACUAGUUUAUUUUUCCACACACUAUUCAAAGAUCAAAUAUGUGUACUAAUUUUUCAGUCUUCAACACAUUUGAGGAAUUCUUCUGUUAUCUCAGUACGGUACUGUGUUUCGGGAGGUAGCUGAGAUAUUUAAAGCAGCUGUGACUUUCAACAAGUUUCCAUCCGUUCUUUCCAGUGUUACUCUCUCCCUAUUCGAGCAUUGACCUUUUGAAUGAAUUCAUGCUAUGUGGUUACAGCUGGAAGUACAGUCAUACAAACUAUGGAUUUUACUAUCCUAUUCUAUUGACUUAAAUUUGAACAAAGCUCAAUUAAGGAAGGCACUAUUUUUAAUGAUCGUGCUGGUGAAACCUCCCUUUUCAGUGUGGGUUUUUUCCUCAUUUUCCCUUUUUGAAAGCAUGGAUGACAUCAAGAUGACUGUGAGGGCUGAGCUGUGGGGGAUCCGGGAAGUACCCUUCCAGGAGUGCAUAAAGGCAUGACAGACAAAGGCUGGAAAGUGCAUUGGACUCCAAGUUGUGGUUACUCCAAAAGCCAAAAAUGUGUUGUUUCUGUAUUAAAGUGUCUCUUUUGUGACUGCACCUUGAACAACCCAGGGUCAAAAACAACAAACACAUUACAGUAAAUGCAUGUGGCAGCAUUGUUAAAUAGUCAAUGCAGGCACAUCCCUGUUGGGUUUUUAUUAAGGGUGUCCCUUUUUCACUUCCGAUUCAAUAUCAAUAUUUGAACCAGCUCAAAUAAUAUAUACCUUUAUCAUUUUGUAGUGUAGAAUGUUAGAAAAAGCUUGAUAAGAACAAUGGUAAGUGUGGAAAAACACCAACCUAUUUAUUAUUAACCAUCUGGAGUGGACUUAUGCCGCCUUUAAGUUGAAGUGGAGUGGUAAUUAGCUUUUUGACAACACCUAGUGGCUACAAUAAUUUAGUCAAAGUUAAAUGAGGCGGACACGUUUGUUACUGGAUACUUUCUAACAUGCGUUGGAAACUUAAUAUCUGUAAGUAAAAUAUGCCUUGUUUGUGUUGACAAAUGGGUUUUAGACUGCAAUAUUGUUCACUUACGGACAAUUAUCAUGUAUGUCUAGCUGGUGUGCUAUUGAGUGCUUAGCUGUUGUGUAGCUGCUAGCUCCUAGUAAUCUAUAGCCUACCAUGUUUGCUAGAGAUGUCUGAUAAUAUCGACCUGCCGAUAUUAUCGGCCGAUUAAUGCUUUAAAAUGUAAUAUCGGAAAUUAUCGGUAUCGUUUUUUUAAUUAUCGGUAUCGUUUUUUUAUUUUUUAUUUUUUAUUUUAUUAAAUCAACAUUAAAAACGCAAGAUACACUUACAAUUAGUGCACCAACCCAAAAAACCUUCCUCCCCCAUUUACAUUCACACAAAAGGGUUGUUUCUUUCUGUUAUUAAUAUUCUGGUUCCUACAUUAUAUAUCAAUAUAUAUCAAUGCAGUCUGCAAGGGAUACAGUCCGUAAGCACACAUGAUUGUGCGUGCUGCUGGUCCACUAAUAGUACUAACCUUUAACAGUUCAUUUUACUCAUUUUCAUUAAUUACUAGUUUCUAUGUAACUGUUUUUCUAUUGUUUUACUUUCUUUUUUAUUGAAGAAAAUGUUUUUAAUUUAUUUAUCUUAUUUUAUUUUAUAAUUUUUUUUAAAAAGGACCUUAUCUUCACCAUACCUGGUUGUCCAAAUUAGGCAUAAUAAUGUGUUAAUUCCACGACUGUAUAUAUCGGUAUCGAUUGAUAUUGGUAUCGGUAAUUAAGAGUUGGACAAUAUCGGAAUAUCGGAUAUCGGCAAAAAAGCCAUUAUCGGACAUCCCUAAUGUUUACCUUUUGUAAAUGACGUCACUAAAGUGGAAGAAAAAACUAAUUUUGCGUGCUUAUUGGACAAAAUGUAGAUGUUAACUGGCUGUCGAGCUUUGCACAAGUAAACACGCUGCAGGACUCUUUGUAUUGGAGAUUUUAGAUGUUUUUUUGUUGAUGUCGGACCAAUAUCCGAUACCAAUAUUGGAUCAGGGCACCCCCAGUUUUUAUCAUGUUUCUAACAAUGGUAACACUAAAAGACAUGUUUAUUUGUUAUUUUUUUGUUUUGUUGUUGACAUCUUCAAAUCGUUGCUGCUAGAAGCUGGCAAUGUCUGCCGUUGGUCAAUGAUCAGUUGUUGGGAUGGGAGGUUUAAAGCCCGGCCCAGCCGGUUGGUACCCAGUGGGGGUUAUAAUUCUGUCCUGUGUGAAUUUUGUUUUUGCACACUCAAGAACUAUGGUAGUCAUGACUGCAUGAAAUUGAGUGAUAUAGUCUGUGAAUGAUCUUAAAUCGUUCGGCUUCUGCAUGGUGCUUACUUGUCAGCAUGGUCAUUUGCUAAACCUUUUUGGUUGAUUAGUGCAAUUGAGAUAUUGUUGUAGUGAACUUUGUUUAAAAUGUUUAAAAUGUGUCAAAACUAACAGUAUUUGAGUAGUGUGACUUUUUUUCUUCUUCGACUGUAGUUACUAGUUGUUAUUGUAGCAUAAUUAUGAUUGUACAAAGUAUGUACCGUAUUUUUCGGAGUACAAGGCGCUCCGGAGUAUAAGUCGCACCGGCCGAAAAUGCAUAAUAAAGAAGGAAAAAAACAUAUAUAAGUCGCACUGGAGUAUAAGUCGCAUUUUUUGGGGAAAUGUAUUUGAUAAAACCCAACACCAAGAAUAGACAUUUGAAAGGCAAUUUAAAAUAAAUAAAGAAUAGUGAACAACAGGCUGAAUAAGUGUACUUUAUAUGACGCAUAAAUAACCAACUGAGAACGUGCCUGGUAUGUUAACGUAACAUAUUAUGGUAAGAGUCAUUCAAAUAACUAUAACAUAUAGAACAUGCUAUACGUUUACCAAACAAUCUGUCACUCUUAAUCGCUAAAUCCCAUGAAAUCUUAUACGUCUAGUCUCUUACGUGAAUGAGCUAAAUAAUAUUAUUUGAUAUUUUACGGUAUUGUGUUAAUAAUUUCACACAUAAGUCGCACCUGAGUAUAAGUCGUACCCCCGGCCAAACUAUGAAAAAAACUGCGACUUAUAGUCCGAAAUAUACGGUAUGCUUGCAGAAAAAAACAAAAUAAUAUUUUUGUACAGCAAUGAUGUGUUAAUGUUGAUGUGAAAUGAAUUCUUCAAUAUUUCUAGAAUUUGGUUCUAAGCGUGUGUAUUUCCAAUGUAUUUCUAUUGACUGUCUGUUGAUAUUUUCCAUGUAGUGUAUUGUAUGUCAUAAAUGCCUUUUUUGAGUGUUCAUCUCUGCUUUGAAGGUUUCGAUUGAGUGUCCGACUGUGUCGAAUCAAUAACCUUUUAAGAUUCACUAUUUUGAAGAAAAAUAUGAAAUGGUAUAGUUUUGAUCUAAAAACAGAUUUUUGACAACAGACUUGCAGAAUGCCUGUAGGUAAUUCAAAUUAAAUUCUGUCAAUGUUUUAGUGUGAGUGGAAUAUAUACAUUAUUAUCUUUAUUCAUAAUUGUUGUUGUUUUGUUGUCUUAUUUUAAUGGUGUGAGUCUUAUGUGAAGAUAUUUACAAAGAAAACUAGCUCAAUAUCUGCGAUGAUUCAGCCCUGGAAAGCUGCUUUGUUGUACGGUGCUUAAAGUGUACCAUUGUAUAUUUUAAUAUUGUUGGUUUUGAAGAGAUUUUUUUUUUUUUUAACAUUUUUAAAGAAUAUUCUUAUCUGUUGUUCUGUUCUUGGUUCUCUUUUGGUCUUCAUAGUGUGCUUGUGAUGUAC